CUCCCGCCUGUAGGUGGCGCUGUGACCACCGGUACAAUCAGUCUCUAUGGCUGCUUCCAAAAACACGUGCGUUUAAUACAGCAACAUAAACCCACUGAGCGGAGACAGGAUGGAUGUUUCUGCCUCUUGCUUCUCAUCAGUAUCUGAUUUCUGCUCAGACUGUGGGUCAGUGCUGCCCGCCCCAGGUGCCCAGGACACGGUAACCUGCCCUCGCUGCUCGCACCGCACACUUGUAACAGAGUUCCUGGGAAAAUGUGUCCAGUCGUCUGUAGUAUUUAACAAACUUGAUACCAUUGCACUGUCAAAUGAGACCGAAGAGGUGGCUGCUCUGAAGGGACCAUUGAUUGACAGGCGCUGCCCCCGCUGUGGGUGUGAGAAGAUGGUGUAUCAUACGAGACAGAUGCGCUCUGCAGACGAAGGGCAGACGGUCUUCUACACGUGUGCGCAGUGCCGUUUCCAGGAGAAAGAGGACUCAUGAUGCAGAGAGUAUUCACUGAUGCCACACAAGAUGUCCCAGAAUGCUCAUCUCUCGCCACAUAUAUCUUUGUAUAUCCUUGUUAAUAAAAUGUUGUUUAUCUGUGUUUCCUGCACUUUAUCCGUAACUGCAGCUGAUAUAGGAACAUUAAACACCUUACACUUUGUCCCACGCUCCCUAAUAAGCUAAAAAAUCUAAUCAUUUGCUUUUUAGCUUCUCUGGAGCGUGGCAGCUCAACUUUUCCACAAAAUCACUAAGUUGAUAUAGUUUAGAGGUUUAACCUUAAAGCGCAGAGAGCCACACAGUGUGUUUGUGAUGAGAGACUUGGCAAUUGCUGUUUAUGUGGCACAAGCUCUGUAUCUAAGCAGACACACAGCAACCACACCUGACUGCACAAUAAAAGCUCAGGAUAAUACAAAUUUAUAGCACAACUACGUCUGUUUAAAUGUAUUACUGCGGUGUCACUUGUGGUUGCUGUGUGUACGUUUUAUUGCGAUACAAUGCACUGUAAGAAAAUGCUAAAGGGAAAGGAGCAUGUGACAGACCCUUCUGUCAGUACUGAAAGAGUUAACUUUGUUCAGCUUUAAGAAGCUAUUUUCUAAAUACAAGGUUGCUGGCAUCAGCUAUUGUGUGUUGUAAUUAAGUUUAAGUGAUAAACAUUCACAUUGUUUAAUCCCAUCCAGAGAGCAGACGCCCAAGUGAUGAGAAAGGCUCAAGUGUGUCUUGUGUUUAACUUGUUUAUCUACUUAAUUAAUGUAAUUCUAUUGUGGCAUGUCAAAGGGCGUUUUCCCUAUAUCUAAUGUACAAUAUUCUUUCAACCCCCCAUCUGGGGUCAGACCUGCAUAAAUACUGGGCAUAUAGCCUUCAAUAAAGUGCAUUCUGUUUUAACCUUCAA